AUGGAUUUCAACAGCCUUAAGGACCAGGUGUCCAACCUGACACUCUACGACCUCAAGGCCGGAGUGCGCAAAGUCCAAAAUGCGGUGAUGAACUACACAGAGAUGGAGGCCAAGGUGCGGGAGGCUACCAACAACGAACCCUGGGGAGCAUCAUCCACGCUGAUGCAAGAGAUCGCCAACGGCACCUUUAACUACCAAACCCUGAACGAGAUCAUGCCCAUGAUCUACCGUCGCUUCACCGAGAAGUCGGCCGAGGAAUGGCGACAGAUCUACAAGUCCCUCCAGCUGCUAGAGUUCCUCAUCAAGCACGGCUCAGAACGAGUCAUUGACGAUGCCCGGUCGCACCUCACCCUCCUCAAGAUGCUCCGGCAGUUCCACUUCAUCGACCAGAACGGCAAGGACCAGGGCAUCAACGUCCGCAACCGCGCCAAAGAGCUGGCCGAGCUCCUCGGCGACGUCGACCGCAUCCGGGCCGAGCGCAAAAAGGCGCGGUCGAACAAGGCCAAGUACACCGGUGUGGAGGGCGGCAUGAGCUUUGGCGGCGGCUUCUCCAGCGGCGGCGGCAGCAGCCGGUACGGUGGCUUUGGGAGCGAGUCUGCGGGUAGCGGACGCGCCGAGUAUGGCGGAUACUCGGGCGGUGUCUACGGCGACGGUGGCGGCUUCGGAGGUCAGAGCGACUACCAGGAGUCGAGCUCGAGCAGGCGCGACAAGUUUGAGGAGUAUGACGAGUUUGACGAGGGGGAGCGACCCGCGCGGACCCCGGAAUCAUCACGGGCGGGUACCCGACGCACGACUGGGGGCACGCCGGCCAAGAAGCCCGAGCCUAAGAAGAAGGAGCCCGAGGUCGACCUGUUCUCGUUCGACGAGCCUGCACAGACCUCUGCCGCGCCGGUGGCUGCGGCGCCCGCUCCCGCGAGCAGUUCCGGCCUGGCAGCACUCUCCGCGCCAGCCGACGACGACGACUUUGACGACUUCCAGUCCCCCACGCCCGAGCCCGCAGCUCCUACAGGAGGCUUCGCCAAGCCCCUGUCUCCGCCCGUGGCGACGAGCAACGCGUCCGGGGCCCAGUUUGCGGCGCCCCAGCCGCUGUCGGCUCCCAAGCAGGCCAACCUUAGCGACAUGGUCGGCAUGUCGUCCAUCUCCCCCACGUCGAGCACCGCGGCCACCCCCGGCGCCAACUAUUCCUCCCUCAGCUCCCCGCUGGCCACCGGCGGCUCGACUCUCUCGGCGCAGGCGGCCAAGCCCACGGGAUACCAGGCCAGCGGGCCCAACUACUUCCAGUCCGUGCAGGCCGGCCAGUCGCAGCCGUCUGCUGCUGCCUCCACGCCGGGCAUGGGCAUGGGCAUGGGUGCUACGAAACCCGCGGCGGCUGCUGCUCCCGGUAGCGGCGCGGCCAAGCCUGCUGCUGGCGGUGACGCCUUCGGCGCGCUGUGGUCCAAGGCCAGCGGGACGAAGAAGGCGACCUCCUCGGGCGCUGGUCCCGCCAUGGGCCAGCUCGCCAAGGAGAAGAGCGCGGCCGGGAUCUGGGGCGCGCCCUCCUCGUCCACGUCGUCCACGCCGAUGCAGAGCAGUAAGCCGCAGCAGUCGACUGGCGGCGGUUCCCUGGAUGAUCUGCUGGGCUAG